GGGGCCGCGGGCGGGCGGGGGGCGAUGCAGGGCAGCGCUCCCCCGGGGGGGCCGGGGCUGGGCCGCCGGCGAUGUGCCCGGGCCCGGCCCGUCCCCUCCCACCGUGGAGCCAAGUUCAAACCGCGAGCCCCGGCGGAGCGGACGCGGCGCAGCGCCGGGCCGGGUCCCCGGGAGCCGCCGCAGGGUCCGCACCGGCGGCCCCCCCCGCGCCCGCGGGGCUCCAUGAUUUUCCCCCGGGUGCUUUCCUGCACUGUUCUGCUCCUCCUGCUCGUCGCCGUGCUGAGUAGAGGCAAAAGGUGCAGCAUCGCCAAAAUCCUCCGGCAAUACCGUGCGGUCAUCUUCCACGAGAUCCAGAACCUGAAAAACCUGAGCGGGUCGGCAGACAGGAGUGGAAGGGCUGGGCCAGCUUGUCGUUCGGACAAGGACCAGAAGAUCCUGCUGUCCAUCUACAACAUCAGCAUGUCUCUGCGGGAGGUGGCGGCCGGCAGCCUGCGUGGCCCCGAGGAGCUGGCAGUGCGGAAAGUGGCCAGAAACACCGACUUCGUGCUCAGGGAGAACUGCAGGAAAAUCAGCAAGAGCCCACCGCGCAUCCCGGCACAGCCCCGGCGCAGGGGACCUGGUGGCAGGAGGAAGCAGCUGCGGGAGAUUGGGAGGAAGGCAGAGAGGCUGGUGACCUGCUGGGAGAAGCUCUAUGCCCUGCACGCACCCCACCGUGCCGCCCGGGACUCGUAGGGACACCCUUGCCACGUGCCAGAGAGGCACAGUGCUCCAGCACCAUGGCUGCUGGAGUCUUGUUUGGAAACCUGGGGUAAAUUCAACCCUGAAGGCAGCAAGAGGUGCUACCCGUGGAUGCCCAAGUUGAAUUCGUCCUCCUGUUUCAAGUGGUACCUGGGCACCGGCUCCAUCUCAUGUGGUGGGGGCUGGCAGGUUGUUUUGCCAUGGGAUGGCUGUGGUGGGAAGCUGGAACACCAGAAAUGUGGGGGAGAAGAGGGGGAAGUGCUGAAAAAAGGAGGCGAGGUGCUGGAUUUCUGUGAUGCUCCUGGCCCUGCAUCACCUGCUGCUUUCUGGGGGACAGCGAUUGCUUUUUGGGGCAGAAAGAGGACGUGUGGAGCCGUGGCUCUGAGGGCUCUGCUGGAAGCGGGAGCAUUGCGCAUCCACAAGGCUCUGAGGGUGGCCACGCUGCGGAGAGGGACACUUGUCCCUGUUGGACUGCCGGGACAUGCAGAGCAGCCGGGCACCUGUGGCGGAUGGGGAAGCCAGGGUGCAUUGCUGGGCGCCCAGGGAAGUCUGGGGAACGCUGGUGCCUGCAGACAAACAGCAAAACCCCAGGCAGCUGUGGGGGCUCAAGGACCAGGGCUCAGCUUCUGGGACAGGCAGCACCAUGGAGGGACCUGGCUGCUUGGCACUACGGGUGCCCUGGCACCCCCCAGUGCGCUGAGCCCAGAGGGAUGAGGGGUUCCGUGAGCUGAGGUGCAUCCUCCCUUGUCACCAUGCUCUGCCAGCACCCCAGCUGGGGUCCCUGCUCCCCUGUUGGGUGACAAAGAGUCUCUGGGAAGCUAGAAAUAAAACCUCUCCUUCCCUGGAAGCCCUUUGGGUGCUUUAGCUGGUGACCCAGGGGCUUUCGUGCUGUGGAUGGGGCUGGCAUGGUGCAGGGUCCGGGCACGGUGCAGGGUCCGGGCACAGUGCAGGAUCCGGACAGGGUGCAGGGUCCGGGCACAGUGCAGGAUCCGGACAGAGUGCAGGGUCCGGGCACGGUGCAGGGUCCGGGCACGGUGCAGGGUCCGGGCACAGUGCAGGAUCCGGACAGAGCGCAGGGUCCGGGCACGGUGCAGGGUCCGGGCACGGUGCAGGGUCCGGGCACAGUGCAGGAUGUGGACAGGGUGCAGGGUCCGGGCACAGUGCAGGAUCCGGACAGGGUGCAGGGUCCGGGCACAGUGCAGGAUCCGGACAGGGUGCAGGGUCCGGGCGUGGUGCAGGGUCUGGACAGGGUGCAGGAUGUGGACAGGGUGCAGGGGCUGUGCAAGCCCAGGAAGGAGCACGCAGCAGCAAUGGGCACCACAACAUCCUGCCCCUGCCCAGCGCACCUGCAUCCCAGGCCCACGGGGCCCCAUCCUGCACACUUCUACUGGUGCAUGGGCGGUGGAGGACAAGGCUCUGCUACAGGAGCUGCUUUUCGGGGGGGGCCAUUCCCCCUCCCCAAGCCGUGGGCAGGGCUGGGGCAGCGGCUGGGGGGUGGCCUCGUGUUGCCCCUGCCUUAGUUUCCCCAGCCCCUCCGCACCCGGGCAGACGCUGUCCCAGCCGUGAGUGGGGCGGUGAGUGGGGCCAGCCCCGCCUGCGUGGCUGUGGGGACAGCGGAGGAGGACACGAGAUGGCAGCAGUGGGCUGUGCGCGCUGAGCGGCGCCGGACGGCUGCCCACGGCUGGGGGUCCCCACGGUCACGGCCAGGCGGCCACCUGGACCACAGCCACGCCAGCAUCCCCGGGGCCCGUGCCCACUGGGGUCUCAGCCAUCAUCACCGGGCCAGUCCGGGCUGCAGCUGGUGGGGAGCAGUGGGUGCUGCCAAUGAGUGUGACCCCCACCCCACCUUGAUGGGGGGCACCUUUCCUUGGGGGCUUCUCUGGGAGUUCAAGCAGCUGGCUGGGGUGGGGGGCUGCGGGAAGGGGUGGGCAGGGAAUUCUCAGGGGUCCUUGCCCACCCCCGGCCUCUGAGACCUGGGCUGGAAGGAGCUGGGAGGGGGGCUGCAUUGCCAGGGGUGGGGAGGAGAGGGCCCACCCCAGGGCCCCCAGGGUUUGGCAGGGUUUGGCAGGGCCCCAUGUUUGAUGGGGCAGGACAGGGACCCUGGUCUGGGAGUGAGAGUAGGGGGGCGCAGGCUGGGGGUGCUGCUCCUGUUGGCUCCCUCCAUGGCCUGUGGGUGACUGGCAGGAUGAGGCCCCUGGAGAUGCCGGCUGCGUGGCAUGGGGCAGGCUGGCACCGGGGUCCCGCUGGGGAGCCACGGUUCGGCACAGCCCGAUGCCAGAGGCCGCCUGGAGCUGCAUCUGCUGCCAUGCUCCUCCCUGGCCAGUCCCACCAUGCCUGGGCUCUUUCUCCCAGCUCCAUCCUCCUCCUCAGGAACAAGCACUGCCUUCUUUUCCUCCUGCCCUUUCUGCUGCCUCCACGGGGGGGUUGCACUGAUUCAGCUUCAGGUUUUCUUUCUUAUUCCAUGCUUCAUCCCAACCACCGUCCCCAAAUGUAACAACACCCCCUGCAUCCCUCCAGCAUCCCGAAAUAGCCCUAUUGAUGCUUGAUAUCCCGUGGAUGGGGCUGGGGUCCCCGUGGGAUGCAGUGGCUCGUGCAACAGUGCGAGCGGGACGGUGACUUGGGACAGAGUGACUUGGUGGCUUGGGACAGGGUGACUCGCUGCCUUUUUCUGUGUCAAGGCUGGAGCAAAGUCCUCUCCUCUCCACCAGCUCAUCAGCACCGUCCCAGAUAAAACAGCAAUAACCAGCCCCGUUCGUUACCCUUUCCUCGCAGGCAGCAACAGCCACCGAGCCAGGAAAUCACCGUGUGCUGCCUGUGACCCCCCCAGCAUCUCCCCCCAGCUGCCUCUGCAGGCCAGGCAAUAGGGGAGGUUGUGCCCGGUGCUGCCGGUUCAGCACCCGAGCGGCGGUGGGAGGCACAUGCUGGCGGUCCUGGGGGUGCACUGGCACUGGCACACUCGGCAGGAGCUUGCUGUGAGCACCGGCUGCGGGGAGGGGGGAGAGGGAGCCCGGUGCAGCGGUAGGAAUGAGUGCAUGGAAAGGAAGGAAAGAGUGAAGGAAGAGGCAAAAGGGAGGGAGGGGAAAAGCGAGGUCGAAGCGAUGGUGGAAUCACAGCAAAAACAGCCGGAAAAAGGAAACGGGCCCUGAAAAGUCAAAUAAAAAUAGCAGCGAGGCGAACCCAAGUGUGCAGCA